GAGAGAAAGAGAGAGAAAGUGAAAAGGAAAAUGAAAGGAAAAAGGGGGAGAGUGGUCCCUCUUGGCCUGAGAUGCCUCCCGAAAAACCGAGACUCUGGUCUAUUUCACAUAUCAAGCAAUAAUGCAAACCUCCCAUGCGUGAAAGCUCUCUCUCACUUACUAUUCUCUCUCUCUCAGAGAAAAGUUCAAUCUUCUGGAAAUAAAUUUGAAAAAAAGCAAGCAAAGAUAGAUUUUUUGAGUUCCAAUUCUGUGAAAAGAAACGAAACGAAACAGUUCGUUUUCAUCAAAAAGAGGGUUAAAUUGUAUACUGGAGAGAGAGAGAGAGAGAGAGAGGGGGGGUGGGGGGGAGAGAGAGAGAUGGGUGGGGUGACGUCAUCAAUGGCGGCCAAGUUCGCCUUCUUUCCGCCGAACCCGCCGUCGUACAAGCUGGUCACCGACGGCCUGACGGGGCUUCUGCUCCUUAGUCCCUUCCCCCACCGCGAAAACGUGGAGAUCCUGAAGCUGGCCACUCGUCGCGGCACGGAGGUAGUGGCGGUGUACAUACGGCACCCCAUGGCCACCUCCACGCUCCUGUACUCGCACGGCAACGCCGCCGAUCUGGGCCAAAUGUACGAACUCUUCAUCGAAUUGAGCAUCCACUUGAAAGUUAAUCUCAUCGGGUAUGACUAUUCUGGGUAUGGACAGUCUUCUGGAAAGCCAAGUGAACAUAAUACAUAUGCAGAUAUUGAAGCAGUCUAUAAAUUUCUCGAGGAGAGCUAUGGUGCGAAGCAGGAGGAUAUCAUCCUUUAUGGCCAAUCUGUUGGCAGUGGACCCACUUUGGAUCUUGCAGCUCGUCUCCCUCAAUUGAGAGCUGUUGUUCUGCAUAGUCCUAUACUUUCAGGCUUACGAGUCAUGUAUCCUGUGAAACGUACAUACUGGUUUGACAUCUAUAAAAACAUUGACAAAAUCCCGUUGGUUAAAUGUCCGGUGCUGAUCAUUCAUGGAACUGCAGACGAGGUUGUAGACUGGUGUCAUGGCAAGCAACUCUGGGAGCUGUGCAAAGAGAAAUACGAGCCACUGUGGCUCAAAGGAGGCAACCACUGUGAUUUGGAGUUGUAUCCAGAGUAUAUCAGGCAUCUGAGGAAAUUCAUAUCAACUGUGGAGAAAUCACCUUCCCAGAGACACUCUUCUAGGAGGAGCACAGACCAGUUUGAGCAGCCGAGGAGGAGCACUGAUGUCUUUGAGGCUUCAAGGAAGAGUACUGACAGGAGAGAGAAGCCGAGGCACAGCACCGACAGGCCUGAGAAACUGAAAAACCAAUCGAACAAUGCCGAGAAGCUCGAGAAACUAAGAAUCUCUUUUGACCAACUGGAAAGGUCUCGGAGGAGCGUGGAUUGCAUUGAGAAAUCAAGGAAAAGCAUCGAUCAUCUAGAAAAGGGUCGGAAGAGUGUUGAUCGACUGGAUAGAAUAAGAACUGGGUAAUUUUGUCUACAGCAAUUGUAAAAUUUAUCCAUGGGGUGUGGCGUGGGGGGGAAAGUUCAUGCUUUUUCUUCUUUUUCAUUUCCUCUCUUUUCCCUUAAUUUAUGAUCCUCUGGCAUUGUAGUUGGCUUGUGGAAGCUCUACAACUAAAGCAUAAAAAUGAAGGGUGUGGUGUCAUUAAUAUUGGGAUUCUUUCUCAUGUAUUAUUGGUCUUUGUCUGAGGCCACUCUAGCUUUUACAUUGUUUGGUUACA